AUGAGCUGCAAGCGGCAACGAGGAGACGAAGGCAUGUCUCUGAAUCAGUAUUCCAUCUCCUCGAUGGAGGUCACACCCCCAGUAGAGGAUUUGUUACACCAAUACAAGGCUCGUAUCGAAGAGUUGGAACUUGAGAAUGCUCGUCUCAAGAAGCAACAGGUUCAGGUCAAUACCGCCAAGGAACUGUACUUGAAAAUCUUUGAAGACUUUCCAGCUCUGAUCUGGAGAUCAGGGUUGGACAAGGAAUGUGACUACUUCAACAAGACAUGGUUGGAGUGGACUGGCAAAACCAUGGAACAAGAGUACGGCAACGGAUGGACCAAGGGAGUCCACAAGGACGAGUUUGAUUCAUGUCUUGAAACAUAUGUCAAAUCAUUUGACAAAAGGGAAGCUUUCUACAUGGAAUACCGCUUGCUCGACAAGCAUGGCGAGUACCGUUGGAUUGGUGACCAUGGCCGGCCAUUCUAUGACCUUGAUGGAACGUUUCUUGGAUACAUUGGUUCUUGCUAUGAUAUCCAUGACGCCAAGCUCAACGAACAGCAGCUGCGCAUUACAAAGGACAAAGCUGUGGAAUCUGAUCGACUCAAGUCCUCAUUUCUUGCGAACAUGAGUCAUGAGAUCCGAACACCACUGAACGGAGUCAUUGGACAUAUUGAUCUUGCUCUGUCCAACGGCCUGGACGUUGAGCAUCGAGAAGAAAACUACGAAGGGCUCAAAAUUGCAAGAAAUAGUGGGAAGCACUUGAUUAUGAUCAUUCAAGAUAUUCUAGAUGUAUCCAAGAUUGAAGCUGGGCAGAUGGACAUUAAUAAUGAUGAAGACUUCUCACUACCUUCAGUUAUUGCUCAGACAAAGGGUCUUGCAUCUUCGCUUCUGAAGCAGAAGAAGAAGGAGAAGAUUGAUUUCAUCACUACCGUGGAUGAAGGCAUUAGCAAUUGUCUUAAGGGAGACGAGUUCCGUCUGCAACAGGUCAUCAAUAAUCUAUGUUCUAAUGCUUCCAAGUUUACAAGUGCUGGAAGGAUUGAGCUGAAGGUACAAAAGGUUGAUGGUAACAUGCUUCAAUUCAGUGUGUCGGAUACUGGGAAGGGAAUCCCACCGAGUCACUUGGAAUCUAUAUUCGCACCCUUCCGACAAGUUGAGAUAGGUGACGUUCGCCAGCACGGAGGAACCGGGCUCGGCCUCACAAUCUGUCGUCACCUAGUGGAGUUGAUGGGAGGAAGCUUGUCUGUCAAGUCAACGGUUGGCGAGAACAGCGGUUCCAACUUCAGCUUUUUGUUCCCCUAUCGCCCAUGCUCCAAUUCCAAGGUUGAUGGUUCCAAUCGACCUUCCAUGAUGCCACAAGAAAGUUCUCCCCAUCUCAUCAAUGGCAAGAUUCUGGUAGCUGAAGAUGAUCCAGUGAGCCGGAAACUAGCGCAGCGUAUGCUCACAAGAAAUGGUUACGAAGUUGUACUUGCCAAGGAUGGCGAAGAAGCUGUCUCGUGUUGCAAAUCACACGAUGAUAUUGCGCUGAUAUUGAUGGAUGUUCAAAUGCCGAAGCUUGACGGUAUAAAUGCGACGAAAAAGAUCCGAGCAAUGGAACAUGGAUCCAAGAAUGGAAAGCAUCCGAUACCAAUCUUGGCUCUUUCUGCCGCCGCAAUGAAGGGCGACGAGGAGCGCGGCAUCGAAGCCGGAAUGACCACCUAUUUGACGAAACCGCUGAACUUGAAGCGUGUCCUAAGUGCAAUCGAAAAGUAUGCUGGUAGCGCCAAGUUGGAUGAUCCUGCUACUACUUGUCCUGGAAUUUCGGCAGUGACAAUGGAUCGAAGUUGA